AUGUGUCUGUCCAAACCCUGUCCAGAAAAACUAGGAUAACAGGUCUUGCAAAGGGUGAUUUAAAGACCAGGGCCUGUCUUAGUCUAAAUGUUAAAUUACCCAGGCUAGGCUUUAGUAAUUCAGUUGGGUAAAAUUAGGGGUUUAUUUGAUCCAGUCUGUGUGUGUGUGUGUGUGCGUGCGUGCGUGUGUGUGUGUGUGUGUGUGUGUGUGUGUGUGUGUGUGUGUGUGUGUGUGUGUGUGUGUGUGUGUGUGUUAGAGGAUGAGUGUGUACCUGUUGGUCCUGUGUCUGGCUUUGCUGCAGCAGGAGGGAAUAGCCAGGCCAGACCCUCCAGGCUGCAAUAGCCCUGAGGUGGUGAGGGUGGCAGAAGAGGCCCUGGAGCAGAUCAACCAGGACCGGACAAACGGAUACAUCCUGAGCCUCAACAGACUGUAUGACCUCUCUCACACUCCUGAAAAGGAGAAAGGUGGGUCACUCUACAAACUGACCAUCGAUGUCAUGGAGACCAAAUGCCACAUCACCAGCAGGAAACCAUGGAAACAAUGUGAAGUCAGAGAUAUUGGUGAUGUUCCAGUGUAUGGAGAAUGUGAGGUAUCUGCCUACGUCGACUCUAAAGUCAAACUUCAAAAUUACUCGUGUGCACUUCGUGAAGUUCCUGCUACUGCGGUGGUGGAUGUGUGUCCGGACUGUCCCACGGCUGACAACUUGAAUGAGCCCGUUGUCAAGGAGACAGCCAAUCUCUCCCUGCAGAGGUUCAAUGAAGAGAGCCGCCUGGCCAACUACUUUACUCUGGAAAACAUUACAAGAGCCAGUUCACAGUGGGUUGUCGGUCCAUCGUACUUUGUGGAGUUCACCAUUCUGGAGACGGUGUGUUCAAAGAAAACAGAUGCCAAUGAACUGAGCAACUGCCCACCUAUGGACUGUCAGUUUGCUCAUAGAGGCUUCUGUUUGGGAUCACACGAGGCCCAUGAGGACCAGUUUGAAAUCAGACUCCCUGUCGGAAAGAAGGACAGCUCAUUUCAGAAUCAGAGGCCUGUAGAGGUGAAGUGUGAGAUCUACGAACCUCAGGCUGCCGCUGUGGAGGAGCAGGCCCAUGCAAAAGCACAUGGGGUGCACAUGGGGCAUCAGCACGACAAUCACACACACCUGCACCCCCAUGAGCACACGCACUCCGUCACACCCAGCUCAGACCUCACUGUCUCCAAGCCAAGGGGCUCCCUCGGGACUGUGGUGGAUCAGCCUGCUCCUCUCAGAUUUUCCCCAGCAGCCAGCUCCUGCCCCGGACCGCACAGACACCAUCUGGGCUUAGACAAACUCAAGCUCUGAUUGGCCGGACCAGGACGGUUGAUCUUUGAUCAGCUAUUCAGCUACAUUUUUCCUGCAUGUUGUAAUUAGUUAAGAAAGACAAGAAAUUGCAACCUAGAAGUAAUAUAUGGUAGUAAGGCAGUAAAUUAUACCCACAAUAAUCUGUGGAAAUAAUCAGAUUACAGUGAUUGUUUGAUUAAAGCAUUUACAUAACA